CAAUUUACAAUUUGACAUUGACACCUGUUUAUUCAGCCUCACACAGGAGAAAAGGAGGUGAUGAAAACAUACAAUAUAAAUUAAAAAAUGAUCAAUUAAACAUGUCUUGUUCCGAUUUGCCACCAUACUUACUACAAGAGCUACCAGAUAUCACAGAAAGUAUCAAUUACCCGAUAAAAAAUGUUCAACGUAUAAAGUACACCUGUUUUGACAUUUCAAAGUCUUUGAUUGCAUUCGGUGCUACCAGUGGAGGCAUCUAUGUGUUUAACCGGACACCGUGUGAAUUUGUACAAUUGAUACCAAAUAAGGAUGGAGCUAUCACACGCUUGGCAAUUUCAAAGGAUGAGAAACAAAUUGGUUUUGCUAACGGCCGGGGCUUGGCAACGGUUACUGAGUGCAACCAGUCCCUUAGUGGUGGUCACUCUACCGUCGUGUCUAAGGAGCACCAAGGGAAUGAGAUCACAGCCAUGAUCUGGAGUACCAGUCAUAUGCUGUUCAUGGGAGAUGAUGUCGGUAAAAUAUCAGUGUUGCAGCCGCAAAACUUCAUUGCAAAAACAAUGUUUCAGAGCUCGUCUCUGACAAUCAUGAGUCUCGAUUCUCGCAUUUGUCAGUUGGACAUGAAGUCGAGCAUGCUACUAGUGUCUACUCUAACCAGAUGCUACGUCUGUGACACUUCUCGAGAACAGUACCGACAAAUUGGUCAGAAACUACGCGACGGAGAAUACGGCGCCUGUUUCGUAGAUAAAAAAACAAAUAACGAACAACACGUUACAAAAACCACACAAGAUUUUACCGAAGUCAGAAAAUAUAACAUCGUCAAUGAUGAUUCAGGGUUUGCUGUAGGCAAAGACCUUGAAAACACGUUAAUUUUCUGCGCUAGACCGUCUUCUAGAGUAUGGGAGGCCACGAUAGAUGGCACUGUUAUAAGAACUCACCAAUUCAAACAAGUACUAGGGAAGAAAGCUAUGAAACUUGUGUCCAAUGAAUCAUAUCAAAAUGAAAAAGUUAGUUUGGAUGCUACUGAUAGCGACACUGAGGGACAAUCAGUUAACUUUCCUAAUAUUUUUGCAACAAAUGGAGCCAUAUUUUCGUACAGAAGGAACGCUUUGUACUUCUUAAACAUCUAUGAUGUUGACCACACAAUUUGGUUUGAUAAUUACAAAGAUAUUGUUGACUGUAAAGCGUACCAUGACAUGAUAUAUGUGUGGCUAUCAAACGGCUCUCUAGUAAACUUGAAAUACAUGAAAGUGGACAAAUUCUUAGUAAAGUGUUAUGUAGAUGAGAAGUACGUGUUGUGUGCAGAACUGUGUGCCUUGUAUAGAAAUUAUUUAUUGGAAAGUAAUUUGUCUCAGAAAUUGCAUAUCCUAGUGAGUUUGAGAGAUAAAUUAGAGAAUAAAGAGUUAUUGGAUAGCAUUAAAGAGGUAUUAGAUAAGUUCGAGGGGCUGAAGUCCAAUGAUGCUACACAGUUAAAAUCAGGGAUAUACAUAGUGGACAAUACUUAUCACGCUCAGUCGUCGCUAUUAGAAGGUGACACAAAAUUAAACGAUGACUUCAAAUUCACCUCGUUGCCUCCUGAAGCAAUGCAAACAUUAAAAGAUCUGAGUUUGAGUGUGUCGGAUAAACUAAAUAGUAGCAAAAAGAUACUGAAAGAAAAAUGGGAAGAAAUGAAACAUCUUAGUGUUGAAAAACAUCAUGAAGUGAAAGAAGUACCAGUUGUAGAAAAAGAAGAAACCCAAGUCGUAAUUAAAACAAAAACAAUAGAUGCAGAUGACAGCAUAGAACAUACUCCAAUUGUAUAUGAUAACGAUAUCGUCUACAAAGAAUCUAGUCAAAAGGCCAUAGAAGUAGAUAAUAACAGUUUAGAAAGGGAUAAAGUGAACAAAGCUUUAUAUCAAUAUUAUAAAUUAAGUCUAGUUGGUAAGGAAACAGAUCAAUCGAAUUUAGUUGCUACUAUUGAAAAUUAUGCCUGUGAUAUUAGUCAGAUCUACUCUCUUAUGUUACAAUUAGAAAGUUAUUGUAUCCACAUUGGAGCUUUCGACGAAUCUAAAUUUGUACCUAAUAAUAUUUUCCUUAGUUACCUAAAUGAAUCUGAGAAGAAAAAUGAAUUGUUGGACACAGUAAUCAAAGAUGAAGUGUUGUACAAAUACUUUGUAGAUUCAUGUAUAUCUGUGAAUAUGAAGAGUCAGAAAUUGUCGAAUAUUGGUUGUGAUUGUGGCUUCCCUCUGCCAUACUCUAGGACACACCAAACACCAAUGUUCUCUGAAUUAAUUGACGAGUUUAUAGAAAAACAGUGGUCAAGUCAGACUAGGAGCCAAUGCUAUGAUGUUUGCAAGCGAAUGCCUUAUUUGUGGAGGAAGAUUCUAUAUUUGAGGAGGAAUGAGGAUUUGUUGAAUAUAUUGAGGCUUCUGUUGCAAAUGUUGGACGAAACGUUACUGCAUUCUUUUUUGCCUCAGUUCACUUUGGAUACUUGGGAGCGCACUGUGCAGUUGUAUGCUACUUUACAUGCCAAUAUGUGUUUGAACUGUUCGAAGAAGUUUGACCAUAUCAUAGUGAAGGACACUCUUAGUUGGGAUGACUUAGGAGCGCUGAUGAUCAAGUCUGUUGGAGGUAGGAAUGCUAUCAAAGUGAUGGAGAAGUAUGCGAGCCUGAUUGAUGAAGGAGCUAUCACUGUGAAGUUCUACCACACUUGUCUAAUGGUGACCAUGUAUGAGAGAUACGACGCCACUAUCGUUGGACAGUUGACGGAUACUCUGUACAGUUGUUACAAUUUUGAAGAUUCGAGAAUUGAGAUCUGCAGACUAUUGCGCAGUACAUUAAAUGGUAAACCUAAGAACACGGCACUACCAAUAAUUGCUGCUGCGAAGUCAAAACAUUGGGGUCUUAGACCUCUCACUGCGAGUAUACCAACCGAAGAUGAUGAAGCUAAAGAAGACUACAUAUUAGACGCUUCUCUAACCAGUAUACUAGACAAUUUAUCAUAUAUAAACAAUAAUAUAACUGACUGUGUGCUUUGUGGGUUGCCACUGCAAAAUACAGUGCUAAUCAAAGAUGGCGGCCUCUGGGUUUUUAAGUGUGGUCACACCUUCCAUGGCGCGUGUUUAGAAUUGAAUAAAAUCAAGCUAUGCCCUUCGUGUUCGCCUCUCAAAUGAAUUUAUUAUAAAUGUGGCCAAUUAGCACAAUAAUAAUUUAUUUUUUAUUUUGUUUUCUGCUUUGUUGCCGUUUUUUAUUGUAGAUAGUUUGUUUUUAAGUAUGUAUGUGUAUGUUUUAGUUAGUUGUGAUUUUUGUGCAACCCAUUUGCAAUAUCUGUCAAUGCAAUAAUUAUAUCAUAAUACUAUAUGUACGUACAAAUCGACGCUGAUAUAUCAAAAUACUAAAUUUUUUCAAGACGGGAAUAAAAUUCAUGUUAAAGAACAUAGCGCCUAACUAAUCGUGGCGAUUGUGGGUACAUAUAUCCCAGACCCGGGACUGUACCGUGCGGGAAUCGAACCUGCGACCCGUUGCCGUGGGUUACCUAGCCACUACGUUAACCAAAGCCAUGUAGGUGUUUAAAAAAGUAAAAAAUAGAGUAUUUUGAUGUGAUCGCAGUACAUUUUAUGUGAUGUGUACGCUUUUCCGCAAUCUUAUGAAUUUAUUUUCAAGAUAUUUUUCUAGUAACACAGUUAUUGUAGCGUAAAAUAUUUAGUUGUUAAAAUGAAUCAAUAUUAGUAAAUCGACAGAUUAAAAAAUAUCCCUCUUUUAGCAGCUAACACCUUGUUAACAGCUGUAUUGAAAAGCCCCAAAGAUUAUCUUCCGUCUAAUAUAUUAUAAUAGUAAUUGAUAUUCUUUAUUUGAAACACACAAUAUAAGAUCUUAUGAUUACCAUUUCAAAAGUAUAGUUUAUAGUUCCAUAACUACAGCAAACAAUGUGAAAACCUCACUUAGAUAUUUUUAUGUAUGGCUCCUAUUGGUCAUAGCGUGAUGUUUUAUAGCCUAUAGCCUUCCUCGAUAAAUGCACUAUUCAACACAAAAAGAAUUAUUCAAAUCGGACCAGUAGUUCCGGAGAUUAGCGCGUUCAAACAAACAAACAAUCAAACAAACUCUUCAGCUUUAUAAUAUUCGUGUAGAUAUGCAUCACCUUAAUUUAACAAAAUAUUGUCUAGUUAUUAUGGUCUCUGAGGUAUUGGCUGAUGACGGACAGAUUGACUGACGUCACUGUUUUAGAAUCUCCAAAACGUAUCACGCAUAACUGUUGAAUGACUGCACCAAAAUAAAUUGCUAAAUGGCCACUGGAAAAGUCGGGACGUAAACCAGAUUAAAGUCAAUUAACAGUAAAAUUCCCAUAAGGCAGUUGUCCCACCAACGGCGAGUGAACGACUAACUAUCGGCUAUUUUCUCGCUCAAGAAACGUACAAUAGAUAUACUUUCCGUGUAAACAAAAGAGAUGCAUAUACAAAUAGUUGAUCGCUGACUGUUCACACUGCCGGCGAGUGCUCGCUUCACUUGUUUGUUUUUGUUUUCACUCGUUUUCACUCGUUUCUAGUUCUAGCUCUACUCGUUACUCGUUCAUCGUUGCCGGUGGGACAACUGCCUAAGUAGGUAAAUUGAUUUUUUAUUAAUUUGAAUUUUAGUUGAAAUUUUGUACAGUUGAGCAUAUCACUCUUUUUGUUUUAUUGUUGAAAUUACUAACUGACAUAUUAACAGUGUUGUCGCUACCACGUCUGCGGCGUGACUGACGAACGCAAGUGAAAAUAUCAAGUACAAAAAUUAGUCUACCCACAUUUUUUGUUAGUGCUCGAUCAAGUGUCUCGAUUCUAUAAUUUUGUUGAUUUGAUUUAAUCGUAAAAUUGUUAUGAUAUUUUAGUUAUUUUCUCGUUGUUUAUUCGACUACUUAUAUAAAUAAAAUUGUUUAAUUUUCUAUUCUUUCGUUUUUAUUUAGUUAUUCAAAAAAGCAUUUAAAUUGUUAGAUUUUAUUUAGUUGUUCAGAAAAUUGAUACAUCUUUGUCGGCUUUAGUGGAAUUGUUUAAUUUAGGUAUAAUAUUAACUAUGGUCGAAUUCUUAGACUCAGUGGCAGCCCACACAUCUCAUCGCUAAGAUUGUUAAAAUAAUACAAUGUAAUCUGAGUGUAUUCCUCUAAUUUUAAAGUAUGCAACUAAUUUUCACAGAACAUGUAUAAUGACGAAACUCGAUGCGGUGAUUGGAUUAAACUGUACCCUUAGUACGAGUUUGCUUCGCGUUUAAAGUAAUCGAAACGAGAGCGCGUUCGGCGCUCUGAUUAGUUGGUUUAUUCGAGCCGGCCAAUCAGAGCCCCGAACGCGCACUCGUUUAUUUAUUUUUAAUGCGAAGCACUCAUACUAAUGUCACGCAACCGUGUCAAAAAGCCAAUGACAUUAUGACAUUUUGGAAAGUGACCAAUCAACACCUUAGGUACUUUUGCUUAAAUGCUCAUAACCUGUAGUUUUUGGAUGUACGUAUCGUCUUGACAAUAGAAAUUAAAUUCUAAAUUACUCUGAAUAAAGUUGAUAUUUAAUAAUCUCACUUAAAAUUAAGGUGUAAGUACUAAGUAGUAAUACCAAAAAUAUAUCUAAGCUUGUGUUCUGCUCUAGCUAUGUACUUAAUGUUUUUUAGAUUCUUUACCGAAUAAUAAAAUGUUACUCUAGAAAUGGAACCGUAAAUUAACAUGAAAUUAAAAUUUAAAUAUGGGCUACCGUUUCUAUUUUUGUUUACCAGAUGGCGUUAUUGUGUAAAACGUGUGUGUGAAGUCUGUCCAAAAAAAAAUUAGCAAGUAUAUCAUUCGAUAUAAUUUUUGGCAGCUACAGCUGAUUGGGCAAACAGAACCUAGUCUUUAUUCACCAGGAUAUGUGAGACACUAUGAAAAACACAAUGUGUUUCGCGUACUACGGGUAAGACUACAGUGGCGCCAUCUGGUGAACAAAAACAUAAUGGUAACCCAUAUAGAGUAACACUUUAGUAACGAUUUAGUGUCUUCAUUGUGCUAAAUUCAUUAUAAAAUUCUGUAUAAUAAAAUAGAACACUAUAAAGGGGUUUUCGACUGUCUGGUUAUACUGGAUUUGUGGCCCAGUCUUAUAUAUGAGCCAAUUGCCAUCAACAGGCUCAUAUUUUAUAUGGUACUCAUAAACAUAAUUGGUUUCUCACAACUAUCACUUACGUUAUCACGUAAACUUCUAGGUUAUUCUGUAAUUGUCAAUUCGAACUUUCAAACUGAGUUCCAUCGCAUUCUUGCCCGUUAUUGGUCGAGAUUAUUCUCACAACCAAUGACACGGCGUAUCACGAUCGAGUACAUUUCCAUCUUUCGAAUUGAAAGUUACAGAAUAGCCUAGUAUAUCUUUUUUUUUAAUCUGUGUGAUCAUUAUAGACAAUAGAAAUGAUUUUAGCAGAAUGUAGAAUGCUUUGCAAUAUAGGGUGACUGGUAAUUAGUGAAGGAUAUUUAAACACGUGAUUGUACUCAUGAUUACAAACAACUUUCCCAUAGAAACUUUAUAUACUUACUCGUUAGUUUUAUUUUUAUUUCAAUAACAAAAUUUCGCGCGUGCGUGAUUUCGCAUUAUCAGCUGUUAGCAGCGAGGCGCCUGCGUUAUCGGAAGACUUUAGUAGGUAUUUUGGACAUAAUGCGUGCGUCCUAAUGAAAUUUGGUUGUUUGUUAUUUUGAUAAAAAUAAUAUGAGUACAAUUAUGAGUUUAAAUAUCCUUCACUAAUAUACCAGUCACCCUAUUUAAUAUGUAACUAUUGUAAUAUGAAAUGUACAUAACUAUUAUGAAGAAUAUUUUUAUAUAUUUAUGCGAGAAGUGUAUUCAUAUCAUAUAAUAACUGUUUUAUUCUGGUACUUGAUGUAUUUGAAUGUAUCUAUUAAGGAUUGUGUAACUAUAUUCUUAAUAAAAUACAUUAUUCAGCUCAAUA